AAACCAUGGCUCAGCUCUGCACAUCCACGUCGCGCCCGCAAACAGUGUAGUGAUCAGUCGCAAGCCAUACCCAGUGUUCACUAAAUUUUGAUCAAUCGAUGGCUCAGCUGUUCAGCUUCUUCUUCGUACUACUCAUCGCUGCUGCCGAGUCCGUGCAGGGCGCUGGCGCUGGUGUUGGGCUCGUUCCGCCGGUUCCAAUUGGUAAGAGGUACAUCGUCGGUGGCGCGGACGGGUGGCGCGUGCCGCCGAAGGAGAAUAAGGACAUGUACAUCAAGUGGGCCUCCAGCAUUCAGUUCUUUGUCGAGGACUCUAUUGAAUUCAUGUACAAGAACGACUCGGUCGGGAAGGUGAACAAGUACGCGUACUACCACUGCAACUGGACGACACUGGCCCCGACACCGCCCGUCAAGGACGGCAGCUCGCUCUUCCUCUUAGACGCCCCGGGGUUUGCCUACUUCGCGAGCGCCGACGUCAAGCACUGCAAGAAGGGCCAGCGCCUCAUGCUCAACGUCAAGGCCCUGCCAGCGCCGGUUCCGUCAACUGAUAUUUCAAGCCCUCCUAGCCCUGCUCCGCCUGCGAUUGCACCUGGACCGGCCCCUGGAGAGCCCGUAAUGGACAGCGGCACCGCAGUAGUGGCCUCGUCACAUGGGCGCGCCUUGAUGUUGGUGGUUUCUAGCACAACACUUGCAUUGAUGGGGACGAUUCGGGCCUGAAUGCGUGCGUGAGACACAAUGCGGCGUGGCAUUGUAGGUCGUCUAGUUCAGAUUCUUUAGCAUGGUUAAUUUCUUAGUUGCAGAUCGAGCCGUACGGUAUGAUAGUUAGAGAAUGUGUGCAGUUUGAGUUUCUUAUUGGUGAACACAAUAAAUAUUUUUCAAGACAA